CCACUUUCCUAGAAUCAGCUCCAACCGUCUCCCAUACACACCUUCCGGCCCAUUCAUUCUCACGACAUUCUGCCGUCUGCCCCUCUAGCCGAACCUCCUUACGAAACAUACCAUAACCCACGAAUUCCAGCACGACUCCAGGAUACUGCAUAUCGCCGCCUGGCCUCGUCCGUCCGAAUCCUCCGCCUUCGCCCUCGCCCUCGACGGGCGCACCCUCGACCCCACCAUGGCCGUCUCCAUCCAAGACCGCACCGAAGAAUUCCGCGCCAUUCUCGCGCAAGCCCAACGCAAACAAGCCCUGUCCAAACCCCUCGCCUCGCGCCAAUCCCUCGUCACCUCGUCGCAAAAGUCCCCCUCAAAUGGCACCACCACCAAACGGCAGCGCUCCGAAUUCGCGCGCCGCGCCGCAGACAUUGGCCGCGGCGUUAGCGCGACCAUGGGCAAGCUGGAGCGGCUGGCGCAGCUGGCGAGGCGGAAGACGCUGUUUGACGAUCGGCCCGUCGAGAUCAACGAGCUCACGUUUGUGAUUAAGCAGGAUCUGGCCACGUUGACGGGCCAGAUUAGGGAGUUGCAGGCGUUGACGGCGAAGCAGCAUCCGCCCACAAAGCCUGGUGUUGAUCAGGAGGGGGAGCAUAAUCACCAGGUGGUGGAUAUGUUGAACAAGAAGGUGCAAGCUGUUGGGGUCAACUUCAAGGAUGUGCUGGAGGUGCGGACGAAGAACAUCCAGGCCUCGAGGUCGAGGACAGAGGCAUUUGUGUCUAGCGCCGCGAGCCAUUCGCAGGCGCAGAUGGACCCGACGAGGACGGAUUCGCCGCUCUAUCAGGCGCCGCAAAGAGGCCGUUCUCCGGGUUUUCAGACCACGAGUGCGGCGCAGCAAGAUUUGCUUUCCUUGGACCCUUCGGGAUCGUCGGCUCUGAUGCGUGCGGGACCACAGUCGGAUGCGCAACUCCUGCUCAUGGAAGAAGCACAGCCUCAGAAUUCGUAUAUCCAAGAAAGAGGACGGGCGAUAGAGUCAAUUGAAAGCACGAUCAAUGAGCUCGGAAGCAUCUUCAGUCAAUUAGCACAGAUGGUGUCGGAACAAGGCGAGCAGAUUGAGCGCAUAGACGCGAACACCGAGGAUGUGGUGGACAAUGUUGAAGGCGCCCAGCGAGAGCUCAUGAAGUACUGGAAUCGCGUGCAAGGGAAUAGGUGGUUGGUAGCGAAGAUGUUUGGUGUAUUGAUGAUAUUCUUCCUGUUGUGGGUGUUGAUUGCUGGAUAAGAGCUUCGUCCUGUCCCUGGCAGGUUUGAAGGCGUUGAGUGGCGUUCCUAGACCCAGGACAGCGGGUAUGUUCUAUGGCGUUGCAGACCUAUGCAGGCGUUGCAUACUUUUGGCGAGCGAGCAUUGCUUUGUAUCACUAAACCUUCCUUUUUUUCUUCACUGCAAGUAUUGGUACAGGAACCAAAGACGGUGUUCCGCUUAUUCCCUUUAAUAUGUCUGGCAAGGCCCACAUUUUGGCCUUUUUCUUCGUUACAGACCCAUCUUGUCUGCAAGGUGAUUGGAUUGUCAAGACUAAGGGCUGGAGCCCCGAGGAAUAACAGCCAGGUGUCUCAAUAUGGC